GUCCAGUCUACAGCUGUCGCAUCCGGUGUAGACACGCUGGCAGAUUAAAACUAAAGAUUGUUGAGGCACUUUAAAAGGAGCGACUAGCUUACUUGAAAAUUUAGUUUGUACUUUUGUAAAUUUAGUUGAAUCGAAGUAUUGUGGUGUCUUAGUUCAAAAGCACACGAGACAUAGCUAAUGCAUUUCGUUGUUCUUCCCAACUGAUAUUUGACCUGAACGGUGGAAUAGCUGGAGAACCGAUGUGCGUUGUAUAACACGUUACACCCAGUGUAAACCUUAGACCGGUACUUCCUGAUCUCCAAAACAGAAGAAGGUGCAGUAGGCUAUAGGCGGACGUAGGCUACAGACCUAAUUUCACAACUGUGUGGAGAGACGUUGUCUAAAAAGGAGUUGUAUCGGACCAUAUCAGCACAAAUAUGACUUCGGAUCUGCCAGUUCUCCUCGCAGCAGUCUCGAUACUGUCUGCUCUCCACCUGGCGCUUCAGGCUAAACGUGUGGGGUGGUCAAGGAUGAAACAUAAAAUUAUGCCCCCCACUGUUACUGGACCUCCUGAGUUUGAAAGGACGUUUCGUGCACACCAGAAUAGCGUAGAGAUGUAUUCAGUUUUCUUGGUGGUAUUGUGGAUCUCUGGCAUCUUUUGCAGUGAAGUGCUUGCUUCUCUUGGAGGACUUCUAUAUGUUGUGGGCAGAGAGAUGUACUUUACUGGCUAUAUCCGUGAAAGCAAGAAAAGGUUGCCAGGGUUUUAUUUGGCAUUGUGUGCCCUGUUAUUCCUAACUGUGACGGCUACCAUUGGAAUAAUUCAAGCAUUUUUGAACAAAUAUCUCAACACCAGACUUCUCUAAAUAAUUUAAUUCAAAUUUUCAAAACAGUUUUCACCAAUCUGUUAAAUAAAAGUCAUGUAAAAUGUAUGUUAUGCAUGUUUCUCAUGUGUCAGUUUAAUCUAAUUUUAAGAUUCAAAUUACAGUAUUAAUUCAGAGAACCCAGUGAUAAACUCACCACUAAAUUCUUGUUGAAAGCAUGAUCUCUGGUGGACAUCAUGUGGAAUGAAUUGGAAUGCUAAUAUAUUUUGUAUGUUUUUACCAAAAUUGUGUUUGAACUUCAGACCUAGUGUGUCGAAACUAAGGGAUAGAGUCCGCAUAUUUGUGCUGUUUCAGGUCAACAGGGAGAACUGGGUCUUCUUAUGAAUACAAAUUGUCCCGAGGAACAUUAAAGCUAGUGUUUGUCA